UUCAAGAUGGACGACUGCAAUCUAGAAAAGUUGGCUGUCAAACCUGGAAAAUUGACUCCGGCGUUUAACAAGGACACAACAGACUACAAUGUGACCGUUGCUAGCAACGUUGAGAAAAUACGGAUCGAUCCGUUAACAAGUGACACCGGUGCAUCAUAUUCUAUAUCGGGAAGUGGUGGAGAAAAGGAGGUCGGACUACCAGAGGGAGUUGUAACUGACAUCAAGAUAGAAGUCACAUCAGAAGACGGCACGGUCAAAAACUAUUUACUCCAUGUCAAACGACUCUCUGCCAAAGAUGCAGUACUCAGUGACCUCAAAUUCUCUCAGGGUGGUCUCAUGCCUGAGUUUGAUUCUGCAGUCACUGUUUAUUCAUGUAUUCUACCAUGCAAUGUGGCCAGUGUAACUGCUAAACCAGUUGCUCCAGAUCCAAAAAAUGUUGUUCUGGUAUGUGGGGAGAAGCCAGGGACAGCCAGUCCCCUGAAUGUGGGAGAAACCAAUAUCCAGAUAGAGGUCACAUCUGCUGAUGGCUCAAACAAACAGACCUACAGUGUUGACGUACUGAGAAAACCUAUGCCUAGAUAUGCCAAGUUUACAGACCCUGACCUGGCCCAGAAGUAUGAAUGUCCCAUAUCACUGUCUCCUCUCUACCGGCCCAUCUCUAUCCGGGGCAGUGAGCCCAAACACACCUACUCGGCCCCAAACAUUGACGCCAUGACUCGCACGGCCAAGGUGGAUCCUAUCAGUGGCGUACCUUUGAUGGGCGAGUGGCGGAUAGUAGACAUUGCCAUGGAGAAACAAAUGGCUGCGGCUCAAGCAAGCAUCCCGCUGACGUAUGGAGGUUCCUCAGAUGCUGUCAAGUUUGGAGAAUUAGCUGCAAAUAUUGAAAAGUGCAAUGUGACACCUAAAGUUGAGGAUGUGAAAGACAAAUUUAAGGAUUCUUCAGCUACACUGAAGCACACUGUCAAGGUGAGAGGAUGGGAGAAGAAUUUGCAGCAGAUUUUCGGAGAGAGCAAUGUUGAUAAAUUAGUAGGAAAAGCAAAGGAUGAAAUUAAGACCUAUUUUAAAAUUCUGCCCAAACCAGGUCAGUCUAAACAGUGGCCGGAGGGAGAGGGGCCUCUGGAUUGCCUCCUCAGAGCUGCUUACUGUUAUGCUGUGGCCAUCUCGAACAAACCCAAGGAUUCCAGCCUACACUUACAGCUAGGCAUGGUCCUGGAGGAGAGGUACUAUGCUGAGGAUCUGUUUGGUCUUAAGAAAGAGGAAUCUGAUUCUCUGCCGUCCAUGAACAUGGAUGCAAAAGAGAGCUCAAAGUCAGAAGAGUGUGCAGCUAUUUGUAAGCUCCAUAGUGUGGAUGCGGAGACGGCACCCCUAUCCCUACAGCUGAAGGCUAUAGACGAGGAGUACCAGCAGCUCAAUCAGAAUGGCCAGAGUGCCAAGGCCGACCAUGUCAUGGGUCUGUUUGCUUGGAAGUCAAAACAGGCCAAACAGGAAGGUGCUGCCGCCCAGAAGGCUGAGGAUGAGGAGUCCCCUCUGGGCCAGGCCUUCCUAAAAUAUAUGGAUGCCCUGGUCCUGGAUGAGCCGAAAGCUAUGCACAACUUCCAUGUUGGGCGCAUGCUUGUAAUACAGGGCAAAUAUGACGAGGCCAUCAAACGACUGGAAGUCACCUUAAAUUGGAACUCCCAAUACCAACUGGCCAGGUUUUACCUGGGAUUAGCCCUGGCAUUCCAGCCAGGAGGUCCAGGAGCUCGGACCAAGGAGACCAUAGGUUAUCUACUGGAGAUCAUGGAGACUCUGCUUCAGGAAAACACCAAAGACACUCUGUCUGCACAGCAAACAUGGGAAUUAAAUCCUGUCCUCCAUGCUGAAAACAUUGUGCGGUCCAGUAAUGUCCAUCUCCUACGGGGUAUAAUCAGUCUCGGGGUCCUCCUCACCAUGAACCCUGACAUCAAGGACUGUAUGGCUGCUCAGGAUGUGUUCCAUACAGCAGCACUACUGGCGUCUCAGAUCCUACCUAAGAUGAGUAAGGGGGACACGUUCAAACAGGUGGAGUGGGUCCUACUGGACGCUCACUCUUAUUUACUGAACAUGCUGUCCAGCAAGCAGAGCGGUCAGGAGAAGAUCAUAGCUCAGCGAUGUAUGAGACUGUCUGCCCUCAUAUUUAGUUCCUCAAUUCCGAUGAAUGAACAGCUUCUACAACUACAAGAGAAGACGUGUCAGCAGUUGGUACAGAUACAACCAUGCAGUAGCCACGCCCUCUACCUCCUGGGCGCCGCCCAAUUUGCUCAGUAUGAGAACACACCACCUGGGGACUCAGCAAAUACUCUACUUCAGCACAGCAUCUCAUCAUAUGAGGUUUCUAUCGAUCUGGAAGGCAAGCCAAUGGCUGGCAACCCUCUAGACAAACUAACAGGUCAGGAUUGGUGGCAACAGAAAAUCAAAGCAGAAGAAGAGAAGAAAAAAGCUGAAGAGGCAAAGAAAGCUGGACCCGCUGUCAAACCUGCAGGGAGGGGUGCACCAGCUGUCAGAGGGGCCGCAAGGGGGGCACCGGCUGUCAGAGGGGCCGCAAGGGGGGCACCUGCUGCUAGAGGCAGGGGCACUCCCCCAGCCAGGGGAGGUGUGGCGGCACGGGGCGCUGCUCGGGGAGGUGCUGCGGCUGCCAAGGCUCCAGUGGGUAAAGCUGCUCCUGCAAAACCAGCAGCAAAGACUCACCACUGUGACCCCAAGGCACCCGUCAAACAGGAAGAGGUACCUGCCGCCAAGGCUCCAGCUUCCACAACCCCUCCCGCGGACACCACAGCCCCUGCAGCACCCCCUAAAGGAACCCCCAUCAACAGGACAUCAUAUUACCCCCACUUGGGUUUAGCAAGGGCAUUCAGGGCGGCAGGAAACAUCCAAGAGUCCCAGACAAACUACAAUGAUGUCAUUACCAUGACACCAGAGGUACACGAUGCCUAUAUUGAGCUGGCAGAAAUGCUGACGAAGACAGACCCAGCUGGAGCUGUAGAUGUCUAUUCUAAGUUCCCAAUGCCGGAGGAGCCCUCAUUUGAUGACGCUUUUAUUAUUGGAGAGUUAGUACGUCUCCUGAUGAAAACACAGAGUUAUGACGACCCACGCCUCCAAACUUACAUGAUCUCCUACGGUCGUGUUUUGGGACUAGGUGUGUUAGAGAGAUAUGUCAAAGUUCUAGAAGACAAGUUUAAGACCGAACUUCUGAAGAAAGUGUAUGCCGGUGUGAACAGGAAGGAUGUUGAUGAUCCAGACUUGGAGGCAUUCUUUAAGUUCAAAUGCUGGUUCUAGUUUUAUGUAAUGUAUGUGUACUGAUCCUCUCAAUGACCAUUGGACUGAAUAAAUUAAGUUAUGGUGUAAAGAUUCCCUAGGACAAUGUCACAAUGUAACAAGUAUGUUACACGUCAUACAAUAUAGUGCCAAAACUUAACAACUUACAUUACACAUUCAACAGACCAAGACCUAUUUCAUCUGGUCUUGUAUUUAUUAUAUAGAUUGUACCAGAUUGUACCAUAUUGUAUGGUUUAGUGAUGUAAAACCAAUCACCAAUAUGUAAAUCUUACUGUCCAUGACACAUGAAAGUCAAUAUUAAUUGGAUGACACUUGUUCAUAUAGAACUGAUGUCUGUCAGAAUUCUUAAUGAUGAGUUAGCAGGCUGUCACACAGUUAAUGAGUGCUGGAAGGGGCAGGUUGACAGACUUUGAUGAGAGUAGUGGGAGGGGAGUCGACAGCUUUGAUAGGUUUAACCUGUUUGCUGCAGUGCUAGGACACAUGAGUCACUAUCAGUCAAGUUGUGUCCAUCCAGGUACGUAGCUGACACUAAUUAACAGGUCUUAAAGGUAACAUUUCUGUCCAUUUAACAUCUGCCCUGUAAAAUGGAUCUGCUCAGGUAAAAUUUCUGUCAGGAUAAUUGUUUCGUCCUUGCAAAAGGUCUGUGUAGAUAUAGCAGUCCUGUCCUGGUAAUAUUUUUAUAUCUAGGUAACAGGUCUGUCCAGAGACCUAAUAUUUUUAUAGUGUCCAAAUAAUGGUUCCGUCCAGGUCCAUGCAUAAAUAGCAUGCAUAUGCAGAACACAGUUCUGAUCAGGUAAUAACUGAUAUAUCAUGCAAUAAGUACCAGGAUUAAGAAAUAAUAUAGACAUCAGUCUAAUCUUGAUUUUUCUUUAUUUCUUUAGGUUCAUGUCAAAAUGUGUGUUUACAUGAGAAUGCAUUUAUAUCAGUUUGAUUGUUCAGCCUGGUAACAGAUGUUGUUUGGGCCUGGUAACAGUUGUUUUGUUUCUGCCUAUUAACAGAUGUUUGUUUUGGCCUAAUAACAGAAAUUUGUUUGGGCCUAGUAACAGACAUUUGUUUGGGCCUAGUAACAGAUGUUUGUUUGUGCCUAAUAACAGACAUUUGUUUUGGCCUAGUAAUAUAUAUUUUUCUUGGGCCUAGUAACAGAUGUUUUGUUUGGGCCUAGUAACAGGCAUUUGUUUGGGCCUAAUUAAAGAUGUUUGUUUGGGCCUGGUAACAGAUGUUUUGUUUGGGCCUA